AACGAGAUGUCUGGCUGUCAGGAAAAGGAAGUGAGCAAGAUUUUGAAGAGUUCCAAAUUAGCCAGUGAAACUUGUGACGGAAUUGUUGUAAUUCGGAGGGAGGAAACAUGUAAACAUAACCAGGAUUCUUAAUGAGGAUGAAAGCGGAGGGAAAGUCGAGGUAUUUGUCCCAAACUCUGGUUAGAUUUUCCAAUAAUAUACUGAAUACCCAUAUUCAACUUUGACAUUUCACCUUUUACCAUCCCCUCUUUGAAGUAAAAAAGGUCAUACAAACAAUCGAAGCAUUUGUAUGCAAAACCACAAGUACAAAAUUCUGCACCACUGUUUUAAGCUUAAACCCCACAUGUAUUCAAACCUAAAUUCACGCCUGUAUCCGAUGCAUUAUGGUUGACAAGGUAGCACAAAGUUCCUCUCGAAUUCCUGUUCCAAGGUCUGGUAGCAAUUCUUCCCCUAGACUGCUUCCAAAUGGAGAAUGUGGAUCGGACGAAGGCAUUCCUGUAAGUCCUUCGGAAUGCGACUCUUUAGAUGCCAAAACUUCCAAUGGGGAUUAUAGCGUUGUUGAUGGGGAUGUAUUCCUUGAAAAGGGUUCUUCUCAAAAAGUGCCAAAGGCUGUAGUUCCCAAAGAGCUGAUUAUAGAUAAGAGAAAGAUUUCCAAGAAUGGUGAUUCUAACAAUGACAAAGGUUUUGAAACUUUUCUCAUGACAGGAGAUAUGAUUAUAAAAACAAAUCCUUCUCUGAAGGUUAAGCAUUUAGAACAUGGCAUAGAAAGACAUCAUUCAGACAGUUCACCAUAUUGUGAAAAAGUUGAGAAAAAGACUUUCAAAAGGUCUGCUUCUUCUCCUGAUCAAAGUGCUUUCACUGGUGCUAAAUCCCUUACACAUGAAAACGCUACAAUGGACAAUCUUUCUAAGGCCUUACAAGAUGAACUUGAAGAUAGUUUAAUGAAUCGCAAGGAGUCUGCAGAGUCAGGCUUCGAAGAGCAAGCGGUGCAUUCAGACACUGGCACGCUUGAAAAGAGAGAAAAACUUGCAAAUGAUCCUACUAGUGUAAGUGAUCUGUCUGAAGUUGACUCAGAUGAUCUCCUUGGAAAUAUGGUUGGUUCACAAACUUCCACAAAAUGCAGUAAUGUCUCUUCUGUAUCCACACCGUCAGAUUUAAGAUCCGAUAUCUCAGCCAAUACUGUCCUUCAACAAGAGGUCGAACCUCUAAUAAAUGAUGAUAGUUCUAGUUCUAGCAGUAUUGACCUCUCGUCCAGUGAAAGCUUUUCAGAGGAGAUGUCCCAUGAAAUGAUCUUUGAGAGGAGCCUUUCGGAUUCUGGUGGUAUGUCACCUGUUUAUCAAAAGGAUGUAAAAAGCCUCCUUGCUAGUAAAAGUUCUGAAAAAAUUAUAAUCCGAAAACAAUUAAAACAGACUUUAAAUGAACAUCAGAGUGUAAGAGCAAGUAAGAGUCAGGAGAAUUAUGUAGGUGAUGAUUUAACAUUUGUCAGUAUUGAUAUAGAUGAUACAGCUUAUUCAUUAGACCAAAUACCGACAUGUGAAACUCCAACUAAAGAUGAGUAUAAACCCUUUCUUGUAGAUCUGACUCAUACAAAAGAUUACUCAAUAACUGUUAAACAUGACAAGCCUAAGAACGCUAAAGCAGCAAAAACUAGUGAACAAACUGGUAGACCAUCAGACAUUGCAGAUGAGCGUGUAUUCAUGCCAGGAUUUGUCAAGUUAAGUGAUUCUGUCCAAGGAAGUCAUGAUGAUGAUACUGGUGAUGAUGUGGAUAGUAUUGUUGUGAAUGAUUCUGAUGUAACACCUGCUCAAGAAUCUCAGGGAGUCGGAAUAGAUAGUGCUGAUAUUGAUAGUGGUGCUUUAGAUUCUAGAUUAGAAACUCCUGAUGAUAAUGGAGAUAUUGAUGAAGAUGAUGAAUUUGAUGAAAGUAUCAACAGUGGUAACAGGUCAGACUUUCAUGGGAGUGAUAACUAUUAUGAAGAAGAACCUACAUUUCAUACUGACGAUCUAUUUGCUCUUCCUCCUGUUAAAAGCGUGGACCGUCCAUCCGCCCAAAGACUGGCAAAGCGUCUUUUUAACUUAGACGGGUUUCGGAAGAUGGAUGUGGCCCGACAUCUGUGUAAAAAGAAUGACUUUAACAUACUGGUUGCUGAGGAAUACCUCAAAUUCUUUGACUUUGCGGAAGACAGCCUCGAUGCGGCCUUACGGAAAUUUCUGGGACAGUUCUCCCUCAUCGGGGAGACACAAGAGAGGGAGCGAGUGUUGGCCCACUUCUCACGACACUACAUUGAGAGCAACCCCGGGACUUACAACUCUGAAGAUGCCUGCCAUACCUUGGUGUGUGCCCUCAUGUUACUGAACACAGACCUUCAUGGCCAGGCUGUUGGUCGGAAAAUGGCUUGCAGUGAGUUUAUCGAGAACUUGGCUGAUCUGAAUGACGGGGCUAACUUUCCGAAGGAGGUUCUCAAGUCACUGUAUAACGCAAUCAAAGCUCAACCUAUUGAAUGGGCCCCAGAUGAGGAAUUCCAGGAUACAGACCAGACAGGUGGAGGAAGUGACUCUAAAAGCCUCACCCAAUCCGGCCCCACCCCAAGCCUGCCUCACCUACCUCCUGUUGUAGGGAGAAACCCAUUUCUAGAUGUUCCAGAUCCUGAGCACACUACAGAAUACAAGAGGGGCUACAUCAUGAGAAAAUGCUGUGUGGACCCGGAUGGAAGAAAGACUGCGGUGGGCAAAAGAGGCUGGAAGAUGUUCUUUGUUGUGUUACGUGACAUGAUCCUCUACUUGUACAAGGACGAACAAGCCCUAAAGAAGUCGCCCACACUCGGAUCUCACAACGCCAUUCGCAUCCAUCAUUGUUUAGCCUCCAAGGCAUCUGACUAUAGUAAAAAACAGCACGUGUUUCGUCUACAGACUGCGGACUGGGCCGAGUAUUUAUUUCAAACCUCAAACACAAAGGAGUGUCAAGAAUGGAUUGAUACUUUGAAUUUUGUGGCAGCAAGUUUGUCUGCCCCGCCCUUACCAGGGGCUUGUGGGUCACAGAAGAAGUUUCAGAGACCCCUGCUUCCAGCUUCUUAUACUAGACUAAAUAUGCAAGGCCAGCUAGCUGGUUUACAAGAACGGCUAAAUCUGGUAGAGUUAGAUCUGCAGGAGCAUCGACAGUUCCCACCGGAGAAGGGUUCCAAGGCCAGCGCAAUUCAUUACUUUGUGGAGAAGGAAACCUAUCUCUCUUCUGAGAUUGCCAGAUUAAAAACAUAUAUUUACUUGCUACAAUCCAAACUGGCCUCUCACACUGAACUGGAGCCAUCCUUGGUAGAAACAACCAUUGGGGAGGAUGAAGAAGGAAUUAAGGGAGUUAAUUCAAAUAGUCAUGUGGGAGUGACUUCCCCUGCCCAGACAAAAGCACCUGUUCAGAGAAGCCUUUCAGAUAGAUGAAAUCCAACAAAUGAUGUGCCAUAUUUUAUAAGAAUUAUGAAUAAGAAUUUCCAUAAAAGAAUCCUAUGAAUUAUGUCAAGGAUCUGACUGAAACUGGUCAUUGACUAUGCAAGUUACCGAUGCCGAUAAGCUCAAAUGGUAUAGCGUCUGACUCACAUCGCUCAGGGAGUGUGUGAGUUAACCAGGCCAGUAAGCUCAGUUGGAAGAGCAUCUGACUUGCAAGCAGGGUAGCCGGUUUGAUCCUCGGACUGGCUGCAUUCCUAUUUGAGCCUUUGAGGAUUAUAUUAUAACACUCAGUUAAUUUUUUAAAAAAUCAUGUGCUAAUUUUAAACAUUUUUGCUACCAUAUAUACCUGUACAAUACCAAAGACUUUUGUUGUUCAUGAAAAAUAACUUUAGUUUUUUCAUGAUCAUUUGUUUUUUUACAGUGAGUAAACACUUGUCUCAUGCACAUACUAUUAUUGAACAUAUCAGAUUUUAUCUAAAUGCUUGACAGUAUCUAACACAAGUGUUCUCCAUAAGAACCGGGUGCUGGCCAAAAUGGACGGUUCCAAUGGCAUUUGGGCUGUUUCAAAUUUUGAAAAAUAAGUAAAUAUUAAGUAGAUUAAGUAGGAGCUGGUUGGUUCCUUGACUAUUUGAGAUGGUUCAUACGAAACUUAUUGAGAACCCUGCUAACAUUCAGUAUUAAAAAGAUUUUUGCAAAUUGGUGUUUAGUAUGGAAUGUAUUUUAUUUACCUUAUAAUCAGCAUAUCAGCUAUUAAGCCUAAAUUAUAGUCAGAAAUUUAAACAUUUAAACAUUGUAAAUGAAAAUAGACUUUAAUACUUAUUGCACCUGCUGCUUGAGUGUUUUACAGUAUUUCCAAAAGCUCAACACACAUUUUAUGUAUGAUUUUAAUCAUGAGAGUUUUCGGUAGAAACUGAUUUGUACCACAUUGGCAAGCUUACUGUGCAAUAAAGUAGCAUGUCUAUAUUGAAAUUACAUUGUAAAUAAAUAUGCAUGCUAGUUAUUGCACAGUAAUUGACUUCAGCCUUCUCAUUGGUUACUCACGGUUCUGAUUAGAGAAUCAAUGCAUAAUAUUUAUUGAAAAAGAAACCAGUAUCCAAUACAUAAAAAUAAACAUUAUGAGAUGGUUGAUCAUUUUAUAGAUGGUUAAACAUUAAUUUGAAGAUAAUAUAACCAGGGAAAUAGAUCCAAUUCGUUAUUUCAUUCUUAUAUCAUACUUUUUUUUAUACAUUUAAUGUUGUACCAAUUUUUUUUUUCCAUUUUGGUUUAUUCUCAGAUUUGUACAGGGUAUUAAUUUAGUUAUUGCUACAAGGUGACAUUAACAUGAUCUGAAUAUAAGAUGUAAAUACUCUAGCACUACUCCACUGCUUUACUGGUUUAGAUAUAUUGCUGGUCGUCAAUAUAUGGAAACAUUUUAAUAUCUGAAGUAAAGAAAUAUUCUUAUGGUUUUACUUACUGCUCCUCUGCUUUUCCAAGGAAAAAAAAUGUCUUGAAUAUUAAGAUUAGAAGUCUUGCCUCAUGGCAUUGGUGGUGUCAUUGGCCACGCUGGUUUUAUCUCGUCUGUACUUGAAAGAACAGAAGCCAGGGUAUUGUGAUAGCAUUGGUGUCAUCGGCCUCAUCAUUGUAAUAUGACUUUUUCUAAUGAAACUUGGUACACAUGAUUCCAUUGACAAUUCGGGCAUGUAUACCAACGUCCAAAACUCUGGCUUUUAGGUUUUUUUAAGUUAUACCCCUUUUUAGGCUGAAAAAAACAACAGUGUUGGCACUCACUCCUUGGCGUUUUUUUAAAUUUAAUUUCUAGAAGUGUGGAAGCAGAUUAUGCAAAUGACAUGCAUACUUGAAAUAAAAGAAACUCCUUUAUUAUAUAUUUUGAACUGUUUGUAUAUGAUUUGCUUACUUUUAUAAUUAGGUCAAGAAGCGUAGAGAAUUAUCCAACCAGCACUGCCCUUAGUACACUUGUUUGACCAAUCAGAAUGUUUGUUUCAUCUGGGUAAGACACGUCUGAAACCAUUGCUGUGAUUGGUCCCCCUGUAAAUGUGUUUAAUGGCUGAUGAAGUUUGUUUAACUUUGAAUGAUUAUGGUCAUUUUUUGUUGUGUUAUAUUCAUGUGUUUUACAUUUCGUUCAUACUUUUUUGUUGCAUUGUGACAUUAGUUCAUUUAGAAAUGCUGAUACCAUUUGUGAAUAUAUACAACCAUCUUUGAAAUAAAAUUUUAACAUGAUUUGUGUCUUGUAUUUGAUAAACCAAAAGUAUAAAAAUAUGCAAAGCAUGGUCCCCUUUCAUGCAUGUUCUUAUAUUUCAUAUUAUGUAUAAAAAAACAUCAGUAAGGCAGCAAUUAAUAAAAAAGUUGCUUUGGUGUUUCCAUACUUAAAUGUUAAGUUGUGGAUGGGUAAGUUGUUUAUUUCGUUGUGAUUUUUUUCUGCGUAACCACUUGAUUCUAUCAUAGUACUAAUCACUGAAGAAGUAAAGCCUGCCGUCAUAUUUUUUAGUAAGUCGGGAAACACCAUUUUUUUUAUAUAAAUUUUUGUCUUUAGUAAAGUGACAUUGUUUUCAUGAGGAAAUUCUAACAGUGCAUGUUUCAAGUGUUUUAAGUGUUUGAAUGUAAAUUUUGUAUAUACACUUGUUAUUUUAAUUAUCAAACAAUAUGUUAAUUUAAGCAUGCUUUGGAAACUUGACCCUCGUGUUCAUAAUGUCCUGUCAUGUAUCUGUGCAUGAUGUUUCAUUGAUAAUUAACUUAUUCUCAAACACACAUACAUGAUGAUUAUAGAACAGUCAAUGCUAGGUGUGGUACAUCAAUUCUGUACUGUAAUGUUGCUAACUACCCUAUGGCAUUGACACCGAAGCUGUCACCUUUGCAAAUAAAAUAAAUUCACUUUAUAUUUCAAGUUUAAGAUUUAUUUUAUUUUCAAAGGUGGCAGCUUGGUUUUCUUGAA